UGACAAAAUAACAAUUCAUAAAUUAUUAAUAUAAAUAUCAUGUGUCAUGAAUAUUAACGCAUGUGGCCCACCCUACAGCCGUGUAUAUAUUACAUUUAUAAUAGCCAUUGGCGUACAGCGUGUUCAUGUGUGGUCCAAAGUCAACGUUAGCAUUUGACUUGCAUAAAGCUUGAACUCACGCGAUAUAUUCGGGCUAUUGUUCGUGUGCACACAGAUAAUGACCGUGGUUAAUUCCCACAACACCAUAUACUAUAUUAUUCGUCUAUAUUAAAAAUUAAAAUACGCAAUAAUACUACCUAUAAUGUCGACGACCAGUAAAACAGAGCCAGUUUUAAUAUUUACAAAAACCGAACGGGUCACAGCACGCACUUAUGAUAUUACAGCAACAGCGCAACGCAAAAUGCCUUGGCCAAACAGCAGCAGCAACAACAACAUCACUCGUACGAUCAUAUCCGUGUUGCCACAUUCACCCCGAUCGGAAAAUUGUGUCGAUAUCAACCCGUCGUCGUUGGACUUGGGUUCCGGGCGACCCGUUCACAGGGUGAACGGACGCGUCGCGUCCCGAAAGCCAGACCGCAGUGUCGUCAGAUCGAGGACCGUGUGUCCGUUUAGGUUCCGACUCGCGUGGUGGUCCAGGCCCGAACCUCCCAAACAUUUCGAAGAGUUGUGUGACAACUGUAAAUUCGAUCGCGGACAAAAAAAUGGCAGCCGGUAUCAGUACACGGCAUUGGAACCAGAUUCAAUGGGACAGGAACGGAUGGAACUGGAACGUAAAGCUAGACAACACGCUCAAAAUGCAUGUAAGCACUACUUGAGGUUCUGUCCACGAUACGCUCUUCUACAACACCUCAACGACAUUGGAUCGAGGGUGGACAAACAUUGGUUUGUAGUACGCGACGGGUCUGUCAAAACCGAACGCCUAUUAACACUUGUGCCCAAGAAUCCCAAAAGCGUUCUUGAGUGCACACCAGAUACCAGACGUACUAUACUAGAUCUUUUUCUUACACUACAACAUCCGUAUAUAUAUCCUGUAUUGGACGUAGAGUUUGUUGAAGGAGCAACCGAUCCAGAAACAACAUUUAUUACAUUAGUGUUACCUUUUAACAGUAAGGGAAGUCUUAAAGAUCUUAUCUAUAAGAGUUGUUGGCAUGAUGAUUGGAGCGAUAAGUACGGACAGCGCAGUGAAGGUUUGCCAUUGUCGCAGAUACAAAGACUUGGCCGUCAGAUUCUAGAAGCACUAUUAUUUCUUAAGGAAAGAAAGUUUCCACAUGAUUGUAAUUUACAUUCCGGCAAUGUAAUUCUUCAGAAUGGUGUGGCCAGGAUCACAGGCCUAGAAAAUUCUCUACUUGGUUUUACAUCAAGAAUUCAACCCAUUGUUAUGAGUGGUAAUUUCAUAUUAGAUGAUUUCUCAGCAAUUGAUGUUAUUUGUUUCGGUCAUGUUCUAUUUGAAAUGGCAGCUGGAUAUGAAUUGCUUACUCCAGAACCCAGUGAAAUUAAUUUAAGAGAUAUUGCUCACUAUCCUCAAGUUGUUGAAAUAAUGGACUAUGUGUUUAAAAAUCCUAUGGGUCAAGUGCCUACAAUUGAACAGUUAGUCAUGACUGAAUUCUUUAGAAAUAUUGAUCUCAGAGAAAUGCGUGCUACAUCUUGGCCUCUAUUACAAGCCAAAAUGACAGCUUCUUCAUCACAGUUAUUGGAAACUGUUAGAAACAGAAAUAGUAGCAAGAGUGGCUCGACUCCAAAUAAUCAUGAUGUAACAGAGACGAGCACUAAGGAAAACCUACAAAUCAGAAAACUAUCAAUGAGAAGUAAAAGUUGUGAUGAUGAAAAGUAUUCUCAUGCAACUGAAAGAAAAUCAAAUUUUGUUGGUGACAAAGAAUGCAUAGAACAUCGUGGCUUAUCAUUGUAUCACCGACAACAGUCACUAGACUUCCAGUUUUUGGGAUAAUAGAAGCCCUCUAGUUUGUCUAUUCAUUUUAGACUGAUACUUAUUUUCUAUUUCAAGCAAUAUAUUUUUACUAUUUAAAAAUCGUUAAUAGGCAAUCAUAAUUAAUGCUUACCAGUCAUCAUCAGAAUCAAAUUCAGCUUGUGGAUCCUUAGACCAUGAUCCAUCAGAAUUAAUUAUCCAACCAAUUCUGUGAACAUUGUUAGCAAUAAAAAAGACAUGUCAAUAUUAUAUGUUUACUAUUUAAAAUGUUUCUUCAGAAAUAUAUUAAAAAUACUUUUUUCUUA